UCUACUACUAUUUACAUUUCUAGUCGAAUUUUCAAUCGAGUGUACCACUUGUGUAAGCUGUAAGGCAUGGCAGACCAGGACUCUCUCACUCCUGACCAGCUGGAUAAGGUUAUGGAAUUUCAGGAGGUGACAGGCUGUACAGACGUGUGUGUCUGCGUGGCAGCGCUGGCGGGUGCUGAGUGGCAGGUGGAGGAGGCGGUCCAUGCCCAUCUCACCCAGGCGUCUGACCAGCCCUCCAACGAUGGCAGCCCCAGCAGCCCUGAGGUGCGGCGCAGGACGGGGGUUGGGGUCCCAGAGCCCCCACCCCUCCAGCACCCCCCCACUGAGGAACCCACAGUCCCCCAGCAGCGUCCCCUUCAGGUGGUGGGGCAAUGGUGGGGCCUCCUCAGCCUCCCACUGCGGGGAAUGACGGCGCUGCUGCUGCGGUGGCCGCUGCGGCUGUGCUGCUGGUCCCUCAACUCCCUGCUGGCCGUCAUCUACUCUCUACUUUACUCUACACAGUUCUGUAUCCGGGCUCACUUACUUCGGCCUAACCUCUUCUGGCCUAAUCUGUUCAAGCUGCCCCAAUUCACAACUUUCUUGUAA